CUUGCUCUUCUGUAUAUUUAUUUGCCUUAAACAGAGAAUCGCCUUCAAUUUGUGUGAUUAUGUAGGAAUUUAGUUUAUAGAUGAAAACAUUUGUGCAAAAAUACAUUUAGACUGUUUUGUAACAAAGAAUUCACAAAACGUCAAGGUUGUCAAGCUGCCCCCUCCAAGACCUUCUGGUGUCUUGAUUGGGAUUUCUGUCUGAAAAGGAUCAUGUUUAGGCAAAGACUGCCUUUCACGCAGUUGGUUUUGGCCACGCUGCUCGGAGUUGCAGGAGGCUUGUACAUCUACAAACCUUAUUUUGAGCCUGCACAGAAGAUCUCAGGACAGGAAAACACAGAUGUGCCUCAGAAACAGAAUAAAAUGGACUGAAAUAAUUCCUCUCGAUGAAGAAAUAUACAUGUCAAAAAUGUGUGUAAUUUUGUGUUGGACUUAAAGCCAAAUAUUAGAUACAUUUUGAUGAUGUCUGUUUAUCAAAUAAAAAAAUAUGUUAAUUGUA